AUGAUUGACAAGGUAGGGUAUUAUAUUAUUAUUUACUUGAGUGGAAGUCGAACUUCAAGGCGAAGACGAAGAAUAGCAGAAAAGAAAAAGGAACUUAGGAAAAAAAGAAAGAAAGAAACAAGAAAGACCAGAUCUGAGCAAAAGGAAUUCAGCCAUCAGAUUCGAAAUAUUUUACAAAAAUACAAAAGGGCGUGCAAAAAGGCAUCAUUGGUAAAUGUCAAUAAAGACAAGAAAGAGAGGCAAAAUUCCCUCCUAAGCGAAGCUGGGCGGGCUGACAUCAUGCAAACACACAGGACAGGCAGGCAGACAGGAUGGCCAGAGAUCGAUAUACUCCAUGCAUAUCGUCCAUCCCCGGGGGGCGUCAGGCAGAACGCUCUAGUGGAGAUCAACGAUAAUACGAGAUUGCGAGCCAGAAGAAAGGAGACGCAAGGGAAAAGGAAAAAAAAGGAGAGGUAA